AUGUUGGACGAGCUAGAUAAUGUCUUCGACGACCAUCCGUCGCUGGAUGCGUCACUCGAGGACUUUGAGCAUAGCAAUGCGCACCGCUCGCCGCUGUUCGGUAUGCCCUCACAGCACUCGGGCUUUCGAUCUGAAGAAUCCGACGAUGAAAUCGAGGAACCAGGCGCAAACGAGCGCUGGUCGCCACCCGGCGUGCGCCGGCAAGAUUACGUUCGCAGUAGUGGCUGGUAUCGUCACCAGCCCUAUCAGCGCAAAGGCAAUCUGAAUGAGCGCUUAGAACUGCGACCAAGCAUGGGUCUUAGCAUAUCACCAUCGCUGUCGCGCGAGCCUAGCCCACAGUAUGAAGAUGCGGUCGAGGACCCGACGAAGGGCAAAUCAAAUGAUGAGGAUCCUGAUAUUACGGCUGCUGUCAAUGUGCCCCUCCCGGUGGGUGCAGGAACCCCACAGACCGGACGAUCCCCCAGUCCCCCACCGCAGAACAAGGCGGCGCAUACCCAUGCUGAGGAGGAGGGGUUAAGUUUUGGAGCGGAAAAUCUGAGUAAUUUGCGCGCUGAAGUUCAGCAUCGCGAACCCAUUGCUGCCCUGUGCAACUACAUGCGCAACAAGUUCGAUCGCAUUACCAGCACCAAAUCCAAUACCACACUGUCCAUCGUUGUUUUCUUGCUCUCUGUUGCAUUCAUGCGCGCCUUGUUCCUGCCCGGUCUGCCACAAGCUAUCCCGGAUUUGGUGAAGCUUUCUGGAUUCGCGCGCUCAUUUGAACCACUAAUCUACUAUUCGGAGAAUGGAGUGCAACAGAUUGGGACCUUGCAAGAAACAGGCGUUGCGGUCUGGGAUCUGAGCGAAUCGGUGCGCGGAACGAACAUGACCAGUGCACCUAUCAUCGUCGGCCAGCUCGACGAGUUAUCCGACUCUCUGAAAUCGCUCUCCCUAGAGUUGACUCGAUUCUUCGCAAAUGUUGACUCCGAUAUCGAUUCGAUCUUGAUCGUGAUGGACUGGGCCAAACGCGAACUAGAAACCCUCUCUGCCCAACCGCCGAGUACUCUACCGACAAUCGUCUUCGAUAACGUUCACAACAUGCUAUCCCGCCUCGGUGCCCUCGAACGCACCGGUGAAGUCUCAGACGGCAGUGUCUCAGCAACGACAACGACAACGGCAUUCGGCCACAUCGUCAUGGCUGUCCUAGGUCCAACAUCCGCUCAGCGCACCCGCGCAACCAUAACCCGCACAUUCACCGAGUUCCUGUCCGUAUUAGAAGAAUCCAUAAACAGCGAACUCACCCACUCAACCGCCCUAUUCGCCCUAUUCGAGUCCAUAGACCGCCAAUUCCUGAAUCUCCAACGCACUGUCGUCCGCGAAUCAGACGCCCAAGAGCGCGCUGAAGGCGAAAUGCUAAGUUCCCUAUGGACCCGCGUCCUCGGCCCAGACGCAGUAGCCGUUCGCAAAUAUGAAAAGAACAAGCGCCUCCUCGCCAACGUCCGCAGUCGCACAGUCGCGAAUAAACAUCUCCUCGUUGAUCACCGCGGUCGUCUGCUGACACUGAAAGUUAAUCUGGAGACAUUGCGACGGAAACUCGUAAGUCCACUCGUGCGCCGUAAUGAUUCUGUCAGCUUCAUGGGCGUGGACGGCAAUUCCGCUGGAGCAGCAAGUUCCCAUUCUGCAGGACGCAUGCUUGGACCCGUCGAGUCUGUAAUCGACGGUCAAAUCCGUGGUUUGGAAGGCACAUACGAUUAUCUCCGGUCUGUUCGUGAACGCCAGAAAGCAAAGCUCAUGGAGAUGGUAUAUGGAUCCGGCCGGAAACCAACCCGGUCCAUGUUUGGCGAGAUGGAUGAACAAGAUGACAUUGGGAUUGAGGGGGCAUAG